UUCAAAUCCAAUAUAUUGUCGUUUAUAUUGUGAUCUACAGUUGUUCUGUAGUGAACGCUUUUUUGACAAAUUCAUAUAAAAUUUUUAUAACUUCCUCAAUCAUGAAUUGGCUUUUAUUUUUUUCGUCUUUUAUUUUUGUUACUGUAGUUGCAGUAGAACUACCGGAGUAUUUGCAUGUUUGCAGUCGUAAUGAUCCAAAUAUUGAUAGUUGCAUAAAGGACAGUGUUGAACAUCUAAAACCGUAUUUGGUAAAAGGUGUACCAGAAUUUAAUAUACCAUCUCUUGAACCACUUAUUCUUGAUGAAGUUGUUGCAACAGAAGGUACUGCUGGUAUUAAAUUAACAGCUCGUGAUGUUCAUGCUUAUGGUGCUAGUAAUUUUAUAGUGCUCAAUAUAAAAUCACAUAUGGACACCCUCGAUUUUGAUGUUGACAUUCAAUUACCACAUCUUUACAUUGAUGCACAAUAUGAAAUUGAUGGUCGUGUUUUACUUUUACCAAUAACUGGAACUGGUCGAUUAACUGGAAACUUUACCGAGUGCACUGGAUUUGUUAAUUUUAAAGCUGAAAUACAAAAAAAAUCAGAUGGUCAAGAUUAUUUUAUGGUUAAAGAAUUUACCCUUAAAAUUACUAUCAAUAAAGGUAGUUUAAAUUUGGAUAAUUUAUUUAAUGGAGAUAAAGUCAUUGGUGAUGUUGUAAAUAAUGCAAUAAAUGCUAAUUUUGAUGCAUUUUUGAAAGAACUUUUACCAAUGAUUGACGCAGCACUUGCUAAAAAAUUCUAUGAAAUUGGUAAUAGUGUUGUUGAACAAUUUACAUAUGAUCAAUUAUUUCCUGUUAAUUGAAUUGAUAUAUAAAUGUUACAUUAAAUAUUAUAAUUAAAAAAAAAAAAAAAAACAGCAAUCAAUAAUUACUUAUAAUUUUAUGAUUGUUAAUUUCAAAUU